UUCCGUUUUCAGUGCAUGGAUUCGUUUCGUUUGUGCUUGCAACUUUGAGGAGUCAUAAUUAUUUUUUUCCUCAUGGUCUGAUCUCAGACUUAGACCCUCAUAUACUUUUUGGCUAAUUCAGUGGAGUUGUGAAAGAAUAUCUCGCCCCGAGAAUGGCGGAGGGAAGCGCUGUUAAUGAUCUUCCUCCCGGAGAUCCGCAGCUCAUAGGCCUGAUCGUGGAACACCUGAAGAACCGGGGCCUAUUCGACGAAUUCCGCAGAGAUUGCCUUGCUGAUGUGGACACAAAGCCAGCCUAUCAGAAUCUGCGACAGAAGGUCGACAACUUCGUAUCAAAUCACCUGAACACCCAAGAGUGGAACCCAGCAAUCAACAAAAAUCAAAUGCGUAACGGACUGAGGCAGAGCGUGGUGCAGUCCGGCAUGCUGGAAUCCGGUGUGGACAGAAUCAUCACUCAGGUGGUGGACCCCAAACUCAACCACAUCUUCAGGCCCCACAUAGAGAAAGCCAUCCACGAGUUUUUGGCUGCUGAGAAGAAAGAGGAGGGGGUACCCAGCGCACCCUCAGGAGCAGAGGCUGAGCCUCAGGAGGCCCCAGGCAACAUGCCGAAAACGCCGUGAGGUUCGUGUGCUACGCUGUGGAACAGUGCACACACCGCUCCACAGUGACGUUCUCUCCCUCUGCCCCUCUGGCUGAACGGCUGUCCGAACAUCGUCAACUGCAUUGGAGGAACAGGAGAGCGACUUGGGAAGGGGGGUUGCACUGUCGCCACCCCGAGGCUGGUGUGCAAGAUCCCCCCCUGGAGUUGCCAUAUCCACCGGGGGUGGUGGUGGUCCCUUUUUUAGGCUGGUGAGGAAACGCCUAGAAGUGUGUGCACUCUGUGAGAGGGAGAGCUUGGAUGUUUCCCAUUCUGGCAGGAGCAAGGGGGUACAAAAUUGCACUGAUGUCACACCAUAGAAAUGUGUUCUUCGGCUCUUACUGUUCAAAAAAACCUUGGUUCUUUUAGCAAUGGUCCCUUUUUAACUGCUUGCUUUUGCAUGCAGACCUGUACUGUUCUGCAUUUCAUAUGUGCAUAUUUUUUAUUCAAUAGAAGCCAAAAAGUAGUUGUAAUAUUUUAAAGG